AUGAUUCCAACAGUUACAGUAAUAGGUUCUCUCAACUACGACUUGGUAACCUUCACCAAUAAGGUCCCGGGUGGAGGGGAAACCUACCAAGCCAAUGCGUUUGAGACACACAUGGGUGGUAAAGGUUUGAAUGAAGCAAUCGCCAUUGCUAGAUUAUCACCGGAAGGUAAGGUCAAUACGAGAAUGGUGGGCAGAAUUGGAACAGAUCAAUUCGGUGCUAGUCUAAGGCAGUGCCUUGUUGAUGCUGGCGUAGAUGUGUCAAACUUGAAAACGGUGGAUGGUUCUUCGGGAGUGGCUGUGAUUCUUGUUGAAGAGGAUGGGGAAAAUCGUAUUUUGAUUACUCCUGGAGCAAAUGGACAUUUGAAAUUGAGUGAUGAGGAGUACGCAUCUAUAUUUAAGGACGAUUCUUUUGUUGUGUUGCAGAAUGAGUAUCCAGAUACCGCCAAGAGUAUAACCUGGUUGAAAGGCAAUAAACCCAAUAUCAACAUUGCGUACAAUCCAUCGCCGUACAAGCCUGAAUUGAUGCGCAGCGACAUAUUGUCCAAAGUGGAUCUUUUGAUUGUCAAUGAAGGAGAGGCACAAGAUGUUGCAAAGCAUCUUUUGGGAAACACCCAGACCCUGUAUAAUGUCUUGGCGGAGGAAUUGCAAUUGUUGUUACACCAAGGCAAUAUUAAGACCGUUGUUAUCACCAUGGGCAGUAAGGGAAGCAUUUUUUACAAUGGUGAAGGAAAGCCUACGUUUGUUCCAUCCAAAAAGGUGGAGACUGUGAUUGACACAACCGGUGCCGGUGAUACAUUUUUCGGAGGACUCGUGUCUAAUUUGGCAUUGGGACAUGGUAUUGAACAAGCUGUCAAUUUUGCAACUGUCGCCAGCAGUUUGGCUAUUCAGAAGAAGGGAGCCGCAGAGGGUAUACCAUUUUAUAAAGACAUCUAA